GAGGGGAUGGAGGGAGGGAGGAGUGAACGACAGACGGGAAAUGAAUCGCAAGCUGCAGGAGAAUAGGUUGUCAGCAUCCAGAGCUCCAAGGUCUGACUCUCAUUAAAGCGUUUGUGCGUCUCUCUCACCUCCAGGAUGGAGGGGCUGCUGCGGCUGAGUCUACCCGGAGCUUGAGGAGCCUUCCUGGGAUUUGUCUGCGUCAUCUUCCCCCUGUCUCUCUCUGCCCUGGUCCCCCUAUACUCAUCCAUCACUCGACCUCUGCAGUACAAGAGAGCAUCUGAACCCACACGACACCUCCCCCUAAUCCCCCACACUGAGUUGCCAGGGCAACCAUGGACGGACUACGCCUGCCACCGGUCAUCGAGGAGGUCAUGGACCCUGCAGAUGACAUAUGUGACCUGAAGGUGGAGAGGCCUGGCAUUGUGGACAUGCUGACGGCCAAAGAGAGGGAGACCCUGGAGGAGAACGAUGAGAAGGAGGAGAAAGGGAAGGAGGUGGAGGUGGGGAACGGAGAGAAGGGCCAGCAGGAGGACCAGGGAGAGGAGAAGGAGGUGAAAGUGGAGGAGGAGGAGGUGGAAGGAGGAAUGUUAGAGGAGGAUGAUUUGGAGGAGUUGAAGUCCCAGGUGUUGCAGCUGGUGUUGGAGCUGGAGGAGGCCAGGGAGGUGUCUCAACAACAUGAAGAGAGCUUCAUGGAGAUCCAGGGUCUGUUGGAAGAUGAGCGUCUGGCUAGUGCUCACCAGGCAGAGAGCUUUACCAGACAGAUCCAGAGACUGCAAGCUCAGCUGCGUUCAGUCCAGGAGGAGAUGGACUCUCUGGAGGAGGAGAAGGAGAGUGAGCUGGGGGAGGUGCAGGAGGAGCUGAGGUCUGCCCAGGAGGAGGUGCUGGUUCUGCAGCAGGCGGGGGAGGAGGCAGCAGCGGAGAGGGAGAACGACAUCGCCUCCCUGCAGGAGGAGCUGUGUCGUCUGAGGGCCGAGCUGCAGCGUCUCUGUACCACGGCCCAGGAGUAUGAGCUGGAGAUCACCACCCUGCGGGCUGAAAUCAGUAUGAAGAGCAUGAGGAGGGAGGGAGAGACUGACGGUGAGGUAAGCCAGCUGACGGCGGAGUGUCAUGCGAUUUCAGACGAGUGUCAGACCCUGAAGGACGAAAACAAACAGCUGAGCCACAAACUGCAGCAGCUACAGCAGCAGCGAGCCGGCUCCAAUGAUUUCUAUCUGGCCUUGAGAGGGGAGGGGGAGGAAGACCAGAAGGAUGAGGGUGUUGGGCAGGAUGAGGAAUCAGUGAAAGCUGGAGGCUACAUGACCCUGUCCCAGACCCAGGGUGGGCAGACACAGACUGGGCAAGGUGGGCGCUUGGUGGAUGCCUCCAUCCAGAAGAAUAUCUCGUUUGAUGGCAAGCCCAUCACCAAUUGGAACGGGGGACCCUCUGAAGUCUUCUCCCUACGAGACCAGCUCAAACUGACUGAGGAGAGGUCCUCGCAAGUACAGAGACAAUGUGAAGGGUUGAAGGGGGAGCUUGCAGAACUUCAGGGGCUGUUUGACUGCAGCCAGAAGGAGAGGGCGGAGCUGGAGCAGGAACUGCAUCACUGCAGGGUGGAGCUAGAGAGGCUGGGCGGCAGGAAGUCACAGGAGAGCGAGGGAGGCUGGAACCUGGUGGCGGUGGUUGCCGUGGCAGCGCUUGUAGUCCUGAUAGUCCCCAGCCUUUCCAGAGCGUUUACCUGAGGACUACACAGAACGGAAGUCACUGUACAGGAAAUGACUGUGCUGGUUUCCCCUGGCAACAUGGGCAAUGCCAUGCCCCUAUCUCAUGAUGCCCUUGUCAAGUCUCCUCCUCGCUUCAUCUUCCAAGGAGGACUGCAUUGACAACUGACAUUUUCACCAGGAAAUACAACACAACAAGGAAGUAGUCUCAAGGAGAAAUACAUAUACCUGUUUAAGCCACUCUAAAGAUAAGGACGGCAAUAUCUUGUCCCUCUCCCUAUAACAGGGACUGCCUCCGAGUUUGUGGCAGUACGGUGUCUGCAUGGGUGUCAAUGGAAAGACACAAUUUAGCACAGAACAUGUCUGCGCAUUUAUUGAUUGAUUGGUUGAUGGUUGAUUGGUUUAUUGACAACCUGUAAAGGUUGAAUUGGGAAAAGCUCAUGCACAUAUUGAGUCACUGAUGAGAUUUUUCUCUUUCCAAUGGGCAUGUGAUCUUUCCCCAGAACCUACCCCUCCUUUUGAAUCACUUUGAACAUUGCCACUGCAAUUGUCUCUGCUACACCUGUAACACCUGUCCUUCUGUUUAUGUUGUGGCUCUUUUUAUGUUUUAAAUGAAGAUGUGUGGAGGAGGGUUUGAUUAUAUGUUGUAUUGGAUGUUUGUCUCCUUUGUAAAUGGUUCUCUCUCUCUCUCGUCUGUGUCUGCAUGACUCUCUGUCUCUCUGUCUCUCUCUCUCUCUCUCUCUCUCUCGUCUGCGUCUGCAUGACUCUCUGUCUCUCUGUCUCUCUGUCUCUCUGUCUCUCUCUCUCUCUCUCUCUCUCUCUCUCUCUCUCUCUCUCUCUCGUCUGCGUCUGCAUGACUCUCUGUCUCUCUCGCUCUCUCUCUCUCUCUCUCUCUCUCUCCCUCUCUCCUUACAAUUGGUUAUAUUUUGUAUGUGAAUGGAACCACGACCACUAUACACAUCUAUACAGACAAACAAUACUAUCAUAAAUGCAACUUGGUGUGUUCAAUUUGACAGUCCAAAUGAUUUCCAGCUAGAUGUCUAUUUUUGUAGCCAUAGGAAGAAUUUAUCCCCAAGACUGAGGAGUUAUUUAAUGACUGAUUCCACUGUGUUUGAUUCUGCUUAGAAACAGAACUUAACAAGGCUUGUUAUUUGAAACAGAGAGUUAUUUUUGUAUGUAGACAUUGUGUUUAAAUGUUUUGCAUUAUUUUUUAUAUUACAAUCGUGACAAGCAUUCUGAAAAAUUACAAACAAUCAACAUAGGUCACCAAAAUGAAAAGUGGAGCUAGUGAUGAAAUAUGGACCAUUGUAUUCUAGAAUGUGCGUUUUGGGGUUUCUCUUACCGAGUCUUUUCGUCUUGUACUGUUUGCGUUCUACUCUCUGAUAUCUAUAUUCUCUAACGAUGAUUCCCUUUUCUUUGUUGGCACGAAGCACACCGUUUAUUCACAGGUUCUCCAACUGCAACUUGCCUGCAAUGCAUGGGACCUUUUCAGUGUCAUUGCUGUAAGCUUGACACAACACAUUCCAAUGAUAGAUUGACUUAACAACAACCGCGAUGUGACACUGUUGUCAUGGAGAAGACGUCUAACCUUUACGGAGUGCACCGAGAAUACUUUUUGGUUCUUACUCUACCUUUUGGCAUGACUUAGCUACCGUGGAAAUAAAUAGCAACAACAAAUCCUUUAAACUCCUUUAUGUUAACGGUGGAGCAAAAUGUCAGAAAUGCGCUUUGCGUUGAGUGAGAACGGUGGUGUUAUUUUAGAGCUGUCGGGGUUAAAUGGUCUUUGUCCGAGAACACACCACGACUAUGACUGAGAGAGCAAUCUGACAUAAGUGUUUUCUUUACGAGAGGAUCGUUUGUGAGAAACGUGUACAGAAUGCAGUAAGCGUUAUAGCUGGUGCCUGGAUUUGUAGUGUGCUGUCAUGACUGACAGUUAGUUGGCUUGUUUCAUAGAUGUAUGUAGGCGAGCUAAUCAGCUAACAUUCUGUGGGUGUGUAGGUGACAAGACACUGAAAGCGUGCUUAGCCAAUAUUCCUCUGUAUUCCAGUAUCCUAUUGUAGAGUAAUAGCGUUAUAAAUAUGUAUAGGUAAUUAGUGCUUCUAAUUUAUGCUAAGAAUCAAUUCAUUACGACUAUAAGUAUAAGCUAUUAGUUUCAAUACGUGAUUCAUAAUCAUAAAUGUAUGAUAGGCAAUUAGACACGGAGGUGACCUGAAAAACAUGAAUGCUUAUAGGCUAUGUAUAGAAUCUUUUUUUCCCACAGUGCAGAGACAAUAUAAGAACUCAUUGGUCGGUAAAUGCUUGCUACAGUGUAUGUAAAAACAAUAUCUGUAGUUGUGGACCAACAUGUGGUAUUUGUAUUGUAUUGUAAAUAGGAAAUAGUUUAGCACAGUUAAAUAACAUGGUUUGUUGAUUUGAGAGCAGUUCUAGAUUGAGUAGAGGGUUCUUUUUGAAUUGGCUGAACACAGCCAGUGCAUGAAUAGUGCAUAUGUGUAUGAGACCGUAACAUGUUUAGAUAUUGCAUGUUCGACUUAACUUGCAUGCCUAUAGAUGGGUAGAUCUAGUUCCUGUAGUCACAGUAAUUUCAGCCAAUCCAUUAUGACCUUAUUAAUGCAUGACUAAUCAGAAUCAUUUGUGAUUUUGUCUCUCUUAGUUGAUUUACUACUUUACUGGGUUGUCACUAUUAAUAUUUUCACUUUGGUUUCAUACAGUCUAUUCUAUUCUACUCUACUUUAUUCUACUUUUCUUCUUCAAUUGUCUGGUCUCUACAGUGUGUAUAGAUUUAUGUGGUAUAUAUCUUCUCUGCUGUGCUUCAAAUACUGUAAAUUCCACUGACUGUGUAUUUUCUUCUUACCCAGCUUCAAUUCCAGCAUGGAAGCUUAAACAAUAAGGGAGAGACACAUUACGGAAACUAUUCUACAUGUCAAAACAACCUGUGCUCUUAACUAGAAACUGGCUGCUGCUCACUGUAUGUGAUGAUGUGAAGUUUGACCUUUGAACUUGUGUAAAGCUGCUGCUCAUUCUGUAUGUCUCUCUGUCUGGGUCUGUGUGACAUGGCUACUGUCAAUGUCUGUUUUAUGCGGUGCUGAAUCUGAUUUAGCCAUAGUCUCUACUACAACACCUUGCCAGUCAAUGUCUCUAUGAGCUUUUAUGGGUUAAUGAGAAUAUUGUGAGUAUUUUGGUAAAUAGGCUGUACAUUUUGUAAAUGAACUGAGAAAUAAAAGUAGUUUAUCCUUA